AUGGAUUCAGAAGAUACUGAUUCCACCCAUCCAAAGAGAGGAUCACUGCCUCUCCACCAAAGCUCCCAGCCUUCAGAUAUGGCACCCAGACCAUUACUGUCUCUGCAGAGUAUUGAAGGGAAAGGCCCCUUCCCGCCAUCCCGGAGAAGCUCCAUUAUGAGCAUCCUCAAUGCCCCAUUUUCAAGUAGGAGAAAUUCAUUUGCUGCUGGAGGAAGGCGUCUUUCUAUUGGGCCCUGGAUGCAUUGUGGUCGAGUAAGCUUUUCUGGGCUACCACUCUUUGAACCCAUUCAGGAGACACACUAUGAGAACACCUACAAGAUCCAGCCAGAUAAAGGUUACAGAUUUAAUUCCUCACGCACACAGCAGAUUCUUGAGUCAGUUCUGGCCAGCUACUUUAGUGAUGUCAAAUACAAUCCUGCAAAUAGUGGGCAGUUGGUCCAAAACCUGUCAGAUCUCAUCAGGAGCAGGGUCAAAGAUCUAACCCCACCACGCUACAAACUUGUGUGUAAUGUCUUUCUGGGCCAGCUGGCCAACCAAGGCUUGCACAUUGCUAGUCGGUCCCUCUGGGAUGUGGAGAAUGAUAGCGUUGCUUCAGCCACUUUCACAAAUUCAUCGCUUUUUGCUGUAGUCACAGUACAUGGACUGUAUUAUGAAUGA